GUAACAGCGACAAAUAAAUAUCAUUCCCAUUGAGGAUUCGAAAAGACAGUAAAUAUUUAAGCCAAUAUUUAUGCAAUCGCAAACUAAUCAAAAAACACAAGAAGCCACUCGAUCGAUAGGAGGCUCAAAGACUUAACUCGCUCCACAGAUGGAUAAUAAGCCAACACAAAGCCGAAGUGUUAACAAAGUAUUUGAUAAAAAUAGGAAUCAACAACCACAGCCACAAAAACCACUACAGCAAGAGCGAAAAACUGAACAAAACCCACGACAACUCCAAUCAAAACGAAACAAAUUAGUUCGUUCGACAGAAAGUUUGGGCAAUACAUUUUCGGCUGCAUUGCAAGUGCAACAAGCCAAUGCUACAACAGCAACAACGGGUGCUAGUCUAAUAAAACCCUCAUUCACAGCUGCGAGUGCAACAACUAGCACACCUCAUGUCUCAAACGCCGUUCAACGCCUAAAAGACGGCAGCGCCGACGUAAUGGGCGGUGGUUUUGCGAUACUGCCACCGACCGCAACCUCAGCAAUAGCAGUCAUACAUUUGCAGAAACAACAGAGCAACUCAGAGAAAGCAAUAGUUGCAGUUGCAACGACUACCACAACAACAACAACCAAAACAACGAAAAAAGCUUCAACAAUUAAAGAGGCAAAAACACCAAUUCAAAUGCAGGAAAAAUUGCUGGAAAACAUUCAUACAGAAAACGAUGACCAAAGGAUUGAUAUAAUUUCUAAAGUAAACAAAAUUAAGAAAGAGGGGGAACUCUCUACAGUAAACGCACUUUCUGCAUCUGCAACAGGAAAGAGUAAAACUUCGAAAGAGUCACGCGGCAAAUUCGCCGAGAAGUUGCGACGCUCAUUUCGACGCGGUGAACACAAAUCGCUUGAAAUCAAGCGUCCCGAGUACAAUCUGGAGGAUACCACCGGUGGUAUCAGCAGUGCGAACCACGCGGCGCUACAAACUAAUAGCAGUUGCAAUAGCUUAAUCGACAAUAUUGGUGGCAACCACUUCAAUUUUGGGCACUUCGGUCUACGAUCAUUACCGCCACUGCAGCACAGUUCCCAUUCGAUCUUCUCUCUAACUCAUUUGCCCGGCCUUAGUAGUGGUGGUGUCACAGGCAUCGGCGUUGGCAGUGGCAGUAGGAGCAGUGUGCACAGUACUGCUAGCGGCGGACACAUUAAUCCAGCAUUACUCUUGGACAGUCCUGAUGCUGACACACCCCCCGAGUACGCAUACCAUCACCUAAGCAGUGUCGCAACGACGAAUUCGAGUACCUCUUUGGAAAGUAACUGUGGCGAGUUCGGCGAACGCACAUCAUCCCAGUCGAGCAUCAGCUAUUGGGCGUGGCAGCAAUCUAAUUCGUCGAUGGGUGGCGAAGUGAGCACGAAUAGCAAUAGCUGUGCGGUAGGAGCAAGCGGUUCGGGUGGAACAAUUGGAUGUGGUAGUGGAAACGUCAGUGGCGAUGGAAACGCUACUGAGAGCAGAAGCUUUAGUGGAAGAACGGGGAGACAACUUAAUCAAAAACAAAAGCUGCAAUCGCAAAGUAGCAUUAAAAGCGAUACGCAGCAACAACACGCAAGUCGAAGUUGUAGCAUUACCAGCGAAAGCAGCUCAACGAAGCUCACACGCCUUCAAAACUUUCUCUUCAAAUCAAGCAACGAAAGCACAAAAAGUUUUCAUGCGCACUCCAAUGAAGGAUUCACAGCCUCGUCACAUAAUUCUUCCUCGGGCGAGUGGGAGAAUUUAGGCUUCACAACAACUAGCGGAAGUGGAAGUCAUGUUGCCGCCGAUUUCUAUGUUGGCAGUUUUCCAGAGGAGUCCGACGAAGCUGAUGACGCUUUUACAGCUGCACCACCAGCUAAUGGCAAUGCGUCUUCUGCUACCUCUAGGCCAAUACUGAAACGUACCGAUUCCAGUGAAGCGGCUGGUUCUUAUUACCAGUAUACUCUAGCAUCGCCGAAUAAUCCAUUUUUACCUGAAAUCAUCGCGCGCACAUAUCACAGCGCCUACGAUGAGGAGGACGAACCGCUGGACGACAACGUGACGGCAGUGAAGUACGGCAAGAGCGGGGAUACCAGCGUGGUGGGAACUAGCGGAGGUGGCACACAUUCUGCUGAACUACCAACGCCUGCCUACAGUCGUACAGGUUCACAAGAAUCUACACACAGCGACAGCGCCAUUCCAGCAGCAGUCUGGACAAGUAGCGGCCCUACUGCACCUCACACUUCCAGCUCUGCUGCCAGUUCGUCCUCGACGCCUGGACGACAGCGUCGUAAACUGUUCAUCUUAAACUCACCAACGCGGCACCUGCUGCAUCAACAGCCCUCACAUAAACAUCCACAAUGUGCACAAACAUCCACAGAUGCGACCACUGUUUGCAAAUCCACACCAUGCACUUCCGCUUCCGGCAGCAGCUUUAUAAAGAGUCUUAAUCCCUUCCUGCCCAUCUCGUGUGCCUCGCACUGUAGCAGUGACAUAGUCACAACGACGACAACAGCGCCGGCAACCGCAAUGGGUAGCGCAACAAAGCGUGCACCACUAAAGCAAUCGGCCGUAACAUCUCCAAUCGCUGUGCCCCAGGAUUUGAACGCAAAACGCGAGGAAUUCUUGCGUGCUACCAUGAAGAUUUGCUUGGUCGUCUCGCCGCCAACCAGUAAAUUACAGUUAAAAUCAAAGAGCCUUACGCACUUGGAUGGCUUGAAUUCGAUGGUUGCCUGUUCACAUGGAGCUCCCGCCGGCAAAACACCGAAUAUGGUCACAAGUUCGGAGUAUUUCUCUGUGAGCUUUUGCACAGAUCAAGGUGGCCAAGAGGAAGAAUUCAUACCCGCAACUAAAGGUGUAACACUCUACGGGGCACUAAGUCAGGCACUGAAACGGCGCAAUCUAAGCUUUUCACAAAUCGUCAUCACCGACAAUAAUCCGCCAAAUAGUUUUUUAGAAGCUGGCUACUCGCCCUCACCGAGUUCCUUGGACGAAAAUACCGACGUGGAGAGCUUGGCUGGACGCCAUUUGAUUAUCACUGAGCGUGAUGGCAGUCGAAAGACGCUACAAAAGGCCGCUUCCUUUGGUUCUCGCACUCGUCCGCCUCGUUUACUAUCCUCCGCAUCCACGGAGGAAACCAGCGAAGCGGCAGUGCCUGGAAAGCAAUUAAAACAACGCUGGUCUGGUCUAUUCGGCAUCAAAAAUCCACAACAGAGUCAAUUAUGUGAGCUGCUUAAUAGUUACGCCAAGAACGGCGUACCACAAAAGACAGCGUCACUAAAUUUCGACCAUCCGGACUUUGAUGCGGCAUUGGAGUAUGUGGACAAGAUGCACAAAUCGUGGAAGGACAUUGUCGAUAGCACUGACAUGAAUGACAACGAAACGAGAAUACAGACUGCCAUUUGGGAGUUGGUCACCACCGAAGUGUAUUACAUCCACGCACUACAAACUGUGACCGAUCUCUUUCUCGCCUGUUUGGAGGCAAUACAAGAGGAUCGUCUUCUUACCGAUGUCGACCAGCAUCGACUUUUUUCGAAUGUACGCGAUAUCUGCGAAGCAAACCUCAAGUUCUGGACACUUUACCUCUAUCCAAUGGUGGCGCAUAGUGUGGCCACGCGUGAACCACUCCGCAUUACAUUUUUCCACCAGGGCUUCGUUGCUUUCGCGUCGAUUUUCGCACCAUACAAAAAGUACUGCGCAGAACAGAGCACCUGUCAGUUCUAUUGCAAGGAACUGAAUCGAAAUAACGCACUUUUCACUUCCUACUUGGCCUGGUGUGAAUCGCAAAAAAUGUGCAAUCGCUUACGAUUAGCUGAUAUUCUAGUGCGACCUAUGCAACGUCUGACAAAGUACAGCCUCCUUUUGGCAGCGAUAAAGAAGCAUAUGUCAAAUGUGGAACAGAUAGAAGCGAUCGACACAAUGAUUCAUUCAGUGGAAAACUUUGUUUUUAGUGUGAAUAACCACUUGACAACUCGUCAGGAAAAUGAACGUUUGAAAGGUGUUAUGGCGCGCAUUGAGUCCUAUGAUGUGGUGGAUACUAACAAUGAACAUCUAGACAAGAUGAUAAAACAAUAUAGUCAAAUGUUUGAUUUGUGCGCCCCCAUGAAGGGUUGCCCCGCUCAUCAGGUGCGUCACCUCUUCAUGGAAGGCGAUCAUAAAUUCAAGGACAAUCUCGGCAAAGCUGACGUGCAUUGCUUCCUGCUCACUGAUAUGCUACUGGUUUGUAAAACUAUCGCAAAGCGUGGCCUUGGCUCGCUUAAGGUGGUCCGACAACCGUACUUAACGGAUCGGCUCGUCAUCCAACAAAGCAAUAAUAUUUUGAAUUGUGUCUACCUCAAUGAAUUCCAAGUGGCCAUUACUGCAUUCACUCUACAAUGUUCAGAGGCAAAGAACUGGUACGAGUCAUUGAAGCGCGCCAAAAUGAUCUAUACAAGACUGAAGCAGGGUACCGGCAAUUGGGAUAAUUUUCGUUUUGGUGGAAGUGGGCAAAGUGCUGGCACAGCUGAUUCCCUAGGAGUGAAAAAAUCGCCAAUGAAUUCCUCAAUAUGUAGUCAUAUGUCCAGCGCGAACAAUAGUCAUAGCGGUUCGGUAGAGUGGAAUGAUUCGCGCAAUAUAUCGGUGGAAUUUGAAAAGACUAACUCUUUAUCCAGUGAUGAUGGUUCCACGAGUAAAAAUGUGGCAUCUGUAUCCCUCAAACAAAAAGCAAACACCGCAUCGGCGAACACACUCUCCGUACAACCUCUGAAUCACCUCGGUCAGAGUCUGCCGAACCUGAACUUGAGCCAUAGCCAUACCUCCUGCAGUAAUCUAUAUUAUUCUUAUAGUAAUAAUACACUACUGGUGCCUGGCACAGCAACGAGUCAUUCCGGCAAUUUACUACUAUCACCUAGUCACAGAGGAAUUUCGUACCCUCCACCUAGUCCAACAAGCAGGGUCCCACUUCGGCGCGGAAUGGCCUUUUCUACCUCUACCAAAAACCCGCCGCUAGUCAAAACACGGAAUAUUACAUCACAGAACAGCAUCAAUUGGCCACAGCUACAGGCCCCAUCUACGUCAGCCAACCCACACCAGCUACAUAAUGCGGCAAGUAACGCUACAAUAACAAAAAAUACCCCGAAUGCUGUGCCCUCAUCGCAUGUCAGUGGGAUGCAAUUUUCCCAACUCAAAUGUCAUGGAACUAACGAGAGUGCAGCGAAUGCAGGAACAGAAGCGACUACAAUACAACUGUCCAGUGAUAAUUUGACAGAUGGCCCUUGUCAGCCGCAACAGCAACCCCAGCAGCUGCCCACCUGCAACGAAACCGAUGUCUGAUUUGUUUGCAAUAAGGCGCCAACUAAAGCAAAUGUUCUAAUAUUUAUUGAAUAGUAUUAAAGGAAUUGGGGCAAUCAAAAAGCGUUUCGGCCACAAUUGAUGGGCAUGGGAAGAGUAGGUUGCAACACCAAGGAGCUAUGGUGUUGUAACUAUGCAAUACAGCCUAACUUAAAUUCAUAUGUACAUAUGUACGCAAAAUAUAAAGUAGAAGUAGUAAGCGUUGUGUAGGGACCAAUGGAAACAAGUCAGCCAUAGGUACAAAGCUUGCAGCUCAUUGCAAGGGCCCCAGCGACUUCCAAGCACACAAAAAGAGAAAACAUAAAACCAUAACGAGCACAUUUCUAGUGAAAAAGUCACAAAUGUGACAAUAUGCAAAGAAAUAUUGUAGAGGAAAGACAUCCAAUUUUAUAUAUGUAUUCCAAAUAAGUUACUUUGGGCAAAACUGCUUUCAAAUUCCAAUAAAACAUAGGGAAGCAAAAAGGGAGAAGUAAAUAACUAGGAAAGUAAUAGUACAUAUAUACAAAAGUGUAUUUGAAUAAAGUCAGUAUAUAAUCAAUAAAUCGCAAGUAGUGAAGCAAGUAGGUAUUAGAGGAUUUUGCGAUCAAAUACGCACCAAAAUUAGGAAGCCAAACAAAUUUAAUAUAAUCAAAAAGAAAAAAAAAAACACAAUUUAACAACUGCAGGCAUGCAACGAUUUUUAUAUUUUAAAUAUGUAUAUGUGUAUGAAUAUUUAUAUAUAUAAGCUAGCAAGAAUUCCCAUAUUUGACCUGAAGUAUGUGAGUGUAGGGUACAUAUACAUAUGCACAUAAGGGUACCUAAGCUGGAAUAGUAUCAUUGUAUUUAAGUAUAUAUGUAAGUGUGUGCCCAAAGAGACUUAAAGCGGCCUGGGUCGCACUUUCGUACGCGUGAACUAACAUACAACAACAUACUCGUAUAAGGGUGAAAACCUGAAUAUGCACACACACAUACACACACUCGUACUUACUGAAAGCCUCUUUUCACUUGUGUCCUUCCACAAGCCAACAGCUGUGAACUUUAAACUCUAUUUAGUGUAGUUUGUACUUGUAUAAUUAAUAUUUACACUCUGUAACUAUAUGCGUACGUCUGUAUGCACUUGUAUUUGAAUAAGUGAGUAAUUUUAUUGUAAAUAAAUAUGUGCUUUAACUA